UCGUGAAAUGUAGCUUUAUAAAAGGAUUGUGAAAUAUAACAAUUAAUUCAACAUUUUAAAUACGGGGGGCGAGUAGCUCGCCUUUCGCGACACGACUGCCGUUGAGGGCAGCAUUUUGGUCAAGGAGAGAUUUCCUUCAGGAGUGGCAGAGAGAGAGAGAGAGAGAGGGAGGGAGGGAGGUUUGGGGGGUGGAUGUGCCUUGUGUGGGAGGAACUUUGCUGAAGGUUGGAGGAGAAGCUCGGGAGGAAUGAGCAGUAUCUGUGAGCACAAGAGUACAGCCAGCACGGUUCCUGAGUGACUGAGCCACCCCCCACCCCACAUGGCUAUUUGCGGCAGUAUGCCCGAGGAUCUGGCCACGCUCUCGCAGCUGGAUGAGAGCGUUCUCCUGGAGGUGCUGAGCACCAGAUUCCGGCAUGAUCACAUUUAUACCUAUGUUGGAGAUAUUCUUGUAGCCAUCAAUCCUUUCAAGUACCUACCCUUGUAUGAAAAGUUGGAAGCUGAAAAAUAUAAAAGUUGUUCAAAAAGCAACCUACCACCUCACAUUUUUGCAGUGGCUGAUCGUGCAUAUCGAUCAAUGUUAGGACGCUUAGCCACUGGCCCCAAGAACCAAUGUAUCGUCAUUAGUGGGGAAAGUGGCGCUGGAAAAACUGAAAGCACCAAGCUCUUACUGCGACAGAUCAUGGAGCUCUGCAAAGGAAAUUCCCAAUUAGAAAGGCAGAUUCUUCAGGUGAAUCCACUUCUGGAAGCAUUUGGAAAUGCCCAGACUGUGAUGAAUGAUAACAGCAGUAGAUUUGGGAAGUACAUUCAACUGAGAUUUCACAACACUGCAGUGAAAGGUGCUAAAAUCAAUGAAUACCUCUUGGAGAAAUCCCGGGUUGUACAUCAGGAUGAAGGCGAGAGAAACUUUCAUAUAUUCUACUAUAUGUUUGCUGGAAUAUCUGCUGCUGACCAGGAAGUUUAUGGUCUCCUGGACUCUAAGUUUUACAGGUACUUAAAUCACAAAUAUGGUGCAGCUGAAACCAUCCAGCACUGGAGCAAGAAGUAUAAUGAAGUGUGCAAUGCCCUGGAUAUGGUUGGCUUUUUAGAGCAGGAGCAGGUCGACAUGAUGACAAUACUGGCAGGAAUCCUAUCAUUAGGCAAUAUUAUUUAUGAGCCUCAAGAGAAUGGAAUCCUUAAAGUAACAGAUCAGUCAAAGGGAUGGCUGAAAGCUGCAGCAGGUCAGUUUGGUGUUGAGGAGGAAGAACUGUUAAAGUGUUUGAUUUGUACAAUGGCGGUAACUCGAGGAGAAUCUAUUCAGCGAUAUCACAGCAAGCAGCAAGCUGAAGAUGCCAGAGACUCUAUUGCUAAGGUUGCUUAUGGCAGAAUUUUUGGUUGGAUAGUCAGCAAAAUCAACCAGCUACUGGCUCCAAAGGAGGACACGCAUACGACAGAACUCCAGGAGAUAGGUAUUCUAGAUAUUUUUGGAUUUGAAAACUUUGCAGUGAACAGAUAUGAACAGAUGUGUAUUAACUUGGCAAAUGAACAGCUUCAGUAUUUCUUCAAUCAUCACAUAUUUAUAAUGCAACAAAAUGAGUACAAGGAAGAAGGAAUUGAAUGGGAAACGAUAACUUACAAGGACAACAAAUCAAUACUGGAUCUUUUUUUAGCAAGACCCCUUGGUGUGUUUUCUCUGUUGGAUGAACAAAGUGCAUUUCCGCAGGCCACUGACAGGACUUUUGUAGACAAACUGAACAGUAGUUUCAAAGGGAAUCCACACUUUAAAAUAGAUAGGAGUCGUGCUCCAGGAUUUACAGUGAUACACUAUGCUGGAAAGAUCCAAUAUAAUGCAUCUGGGUUUCUGGAGAAAAACAGAGACACAAUCCCAGCAAGCAUUCGAGGCCUGUUCAUUAAUAGUAUAACUCCAUUGCUAAGUGUACUUUUCGCAGCUACAGUCUCAAGAACAGGAACCUUAAUGGCUUACCAAAGACCAAGAAAAACAGAAGACAACUUUAACAGCACCAGGAAGCAGUCUGUUGGAGCACAGUUUAGACAUUCUUUAGCAGUGCUGAUGGAGAAAAUGUUUGCAGCAAACCCACAUUUCAUUCGUUGUGUCAAGCCAAACGUUAAUAAAUUGCCUGAUCAUCUGGACAGCAAACUCUUCAUGGAUCAGAGCUCUAUUUGCCAUUCUUCUGCGAGUGAAUCAGUUCACAGAAGUGUCCUGGAGGACCUGGAUAACAUCCAAAUAACUGUUAACAUUCAUGCACCAUAA